AAAAGCACCACAAAGCCGGACGCAACAAACGAGGCGGAAAGGGGGGAGAGAAAGAGGCGGAGGUUGCUGGAUGGGCGAGGAGCCGCUUUGAAUCGUGCCUCUGUUCGCAGGGAUUAGAGCAUGAAUGGGAGACGCUUCCCGGCCGCGAUGGAGACAGAAGGCGGCUCCGGCUGUGCUCACAAGGUUUCCUCCCACCUGAGUCCCUGAGGUUCCUGCUGGCAGCUCCAGCAGAGCCCUGCAGAGGUGCCCUCCUGCUCCUGGCUCUGAGGCCCCUCCAAACCUGCUUCUGCAAUGGGUGGGUUGUAAGCACUGGUAAUGAGGAGCUGUGGGCCCAGUCAGUCUUGGAGAUGCCGAAGAGACGAGACAUCCUGGCUAUCGUGCUGAUAGUUCUGCCCUGGACACUGCUAAUCACCGUCUGGCACCAGAGCACCAUUGCUCCUCUGCUUGCAGUGCACAAGGAUGAUGGUGGUGACUCCCAGCGUGAUCUCGCUGCAGGCUUGGACUCCAAGGAAUACUGCCUGUCGGACCGGGACAUAGUGGAGGUGGUGAGGACAGAGUACGUGUACACGCGCCCACCCCCGUGGUCGGACACGCUGCCCACCAUCCACGUGGUCACCCCCACCUACAGCCGGCCGGUGCAGAAGGCAGAGCUGACCAGGCUGGCCAACACCCUGCUGCACGUGCCCAACCUUCACUGGAUCCUGGUGGAGGACUCGCAGCGCCGCACGCCGCUCAUCACCCGCCUGCUGCGGGACACGGGGCUCAACUACACCCACCUGAACGUGGAGACGCCCCGCAACUACAAACUGCGAGGGGACAUGAGGGACCCCCGCAUCCCCCGCGGCACCAUGCAGAGGAACCUGGCCCUCAGGUGGCUGAGAGAGACCUUUCACAAAAACAACAGCCAGCCCGGGAUUGUUUACUUUGCUGAUGAUGAUAACACCUACAGCCUGGAGCUCUUCGAGGAGAUGCGCAGCACCAGGAAGGUGUCGGUGUGGCCUGUGGCCUUUGUGGGCGGCCUGCGCUACGAGUCGCCCAAGGUGAACGCGGCGGGGAAGGUUUACGGCUGGAAAACCGUCUUCGACCCUCACCGGCCCUUCGCCAUCGACAUGGCCGGCUUUGCUGUCAACCUCAGGCUCAUCCUGCAGCGCUCCCAGGCCUACUUCAAACUGCGCGGGGUCAAGGGCGGCUACCAGGAGAGCAGCCUGCUCCGCGAGCUGGUCACCCUCAGCGACCUCGAGCCCAAGGCUGCCAACUGCACUAAGAUUUUAGUCUGGCACACAAGGACAGAGAAGCCUGUGCUGGUGAACGAGGGCAAGAAAGGAUUCACAGAUCCCAAUGUGGAAAUCUGACUGUGCAUGGCUGACAGAGACCAACAACCAGAAGAUUUCUUCAUGCACAGCCUGCAAGGUUCCUCUCCACAGCACCCACCCAGGCAGGAGCCAGGAGCUCUGCUGACUCCCACCAGUUUUAGCCUUCAGAAAAACCAAGCACCACUGCAUACAUGAAGUCCCCGGAUCCCCUGCCCUGCCUCCCGGGCUCCGGAGGUGGAGAACAAAGCACAGCAAGGCGGGACCGGCAGCUCCCGGCCCCAGGCUCCGGCUGCAACGUGAGCAGGGCUGUGCCAGCACCUGCCUGAGGGUGAGCGCCACCACAGUGGCCCCCAGGGACUGGUUUUGCUGAGCAACACGAACUUUGUGGCCGUGUGUGAGACAGCCUGAGCAGCUCUCUGGCCGUGGAGGGGACAGCUGCCUUCCUACAUGGCACCUUAGCCCUUAAUUUUAAGCCUCCUUUAAUCAGUGUUCGUUACGCUGCACAAGAGGGGAAGGGUUUGGGGCGGGGGAGAACAAGGCAGGUUAGAACAAACCCUGGAAGCAUCACUGUUCUGAUUCCCUCUCCUUUUCCUUCCUCAGUUUCACAGUUUGGGGGGCACCUGAUGUUCCUGUGUGGUCAUGGAAUCAUGGAAGGGUUGGGGUGGAAGGGACUUCAAAGGUCCUCUGGUCCAAGCCCUGCCCUGGGCAGGGACACCUGCAGCUGGACCAGGUUGCUCCUGGCCUGGAAUAUUCCCAGGAUUGGGGCAUCCCCACCUCUCUGGGCAGCCUGAGCCAGUGUGAACCACCCUCAUUGUAAAAAAUGCCCUUAUAUCUCACCUAUCCUCUUUGAGCUGGCCCCAUCUUUCUUAGAAGACCCCAGAGUGGGACAGGAGCAGGGGGCUGCUGAUCACCACCAGUUCACCACGAAUCCUGAUGGAGUCGUGUCUCCAGCAUGUGGAUCUCUAAAAAUGCUAAAAUAACUGGAAAUGGGGUUUAAUGAGAUUGUGGGGGCCAUACACCAUAAUAUUCAUCCAGAUCUUGGUCCUGUUUGGCCCUAAUUUGGCUCCCAUGAGCAUUAGGUAUGGGAUUCUCUCAAGGGUGCUCCUACAUAAAGGCAAAUUUCCACUCUUAAAAAAUAAAACUGCUUCAAACUAGAGAUUGAACACUAAGAGGUGAUUUUAGUCCAUUUCCCAUUUGACUGGAGUGUAUCCUCCAGCCCCAGCCCCUUUUUCUGCUACUGCAGAGCUGGUGUGAAAAGCCACCCUGGAGCAGUUCCCUUGGGAAGGGGAUCCUGGGCUCAGGGCUCUGCUUCUUCACCAUCUGGUGGUGCUGCCACCAUGGGUGACUCUGUUUGAGACUGCCAAGCUUGCUGAGAUACAAACUGAGGUACAACAGGCCCCUUCUCCCCAGCCAAAACCCAUAAAUUCCCUCCUCCUCCUCCAUAACUCUUGUCAAACCUUUUUCAUUCCCCCCACCCCUGUCCUAAUUCCUUCAAAAAUUUUGAAGCACAAUUUUACCUUUGAACUGAGGGAAAAAUGUAAUCCUGCAAUAGACUUGGUUAUUUUUAGCCCUAACACAUAGAACUAUUAAAAUGCUCUGGGUUUGAUUGUUGGCUUCACAGUGCAGAAGUCUCCCCUUGGACUAAUGACAUUGUGUAUUUCCUGAUAUUUCAAAGGAAAAUAUUUUUUGUAAGUUAUUUUCUCCCACUGUAUAUCAGAACCGUUGGGGAAAAGUCUCAUUCUUUAGUUCCCAGCCACAGAAGCCUUUACAAAAAUGUUCCUUUUAGAUGCAAUGGCUGAAGCACCACUUGGAAAGAAAGUGUUGGAUGCUGCUGGCUGCUCUAUGGGAACAGGUAUUGUUACCUUGGAUUAAAACUCUGCACUCAAGUAGAUUUAUUCUCUUACUGUACUGGCCUUCCAAGCUCCCUUCAGUCUGCAAACCCUACAGUGGAAAAGAGACAUUUUUCAAGGACUACCAAGUUUUCAUAGCAUUGAAAUAGUUUCCAGCUGAUGUCCUCUCCGAGCUGCAUGUUUUGGUUCACUGAUCUGAAUUCCAGUCCCUGCUGGGUUCCAACUUUCCCUCCUUGGAAGGAAAUAAUAACUUUCAGAAAAAUGCAAAGGAUGGAGUGCUGAACACAGCCCUGCACGUUUGCUCUGCCCACAGGAGCCUGGGCCCUCUCAGCUGUCCCAGAGCUGCUGUGGCCCUGGGGAGCAGAGACAGACCUGGCCAGGAUGGAGUGUGUUCCAGCUGCACUGUCUGUUCUCAGUUUUAAACAAACUGUAUUUAAAUUUGUUAAAUAAAAUGAUGGUUUCUAAGA